AUGGAAGCUGGGAAGAAGUUGGGAUAUAAGAUCAAAGUGGAUUCGGGAACCAUACUUGGAUCAAACCCGAAGAUUGUUGAGGAAGAAGUGGCCAAGAAGAUGGAACAAUACCAGAAGAGUGAGGAUCUGAUGGAACUUUUGCAGCAGUGUGAAAUGGAAAAG